AUGGGUUCUACUAUUGAUUAUCCAGGGUUGAUGUCCAAAUCUCACAAGAGAAUAAAGGAUAAAGUUGCUGUUGAGCCCUUAGCUGCUGGUAAUGGGCCUAAUGCUUUUGCUAAAUCGUCUGGUAUGGGAUCUACUGCCGGUACCAAUGGUGUUCUUUAUUCCCCAGAAUCUAGCAAUAUUGAAGGAUGGAAUGACGAUGACCCUCAAUGUUUAACAGCAAGAGAGAUGAAGAAUGAAGAAUCUCUCAGUGAUUACAAGCCUGGUGGGAACCAUCCUGCUUAUAUUGGUGAGUUUUAUAAUAAUGGCAAGUACAAAUUGACUAGGAAGUUAGGCUGGGGUCAUUUUUCGACUGUUUGGUUAGCUGAAGAGACAAUUACAAAUCAACAUGUUGCACUUAAGAUUGUUAAGAGUGACAAAGUCUACUCAGAGGCUGCAAAGGAUGAAAUAAAAGUCUUGAAGAAGCUGAAAGAAACCCAGAAGUAUGACCGUUAUGGGGGUUCAGGAAAUAUCAUGAAGUUGCUUGAUAAUUUUAUCCAUGAAGGUGUCAAUGGUCACCAUAUUGUGAUGGUUUUUGAAGUUUUAGGUGAAAAUUUAUUGGCUAUGAUAAGAAGAUAUGAACCUAAUGGAGUCCCUAUUUCUUAUGUAAAACAAAUUACAAAACAAUUGCUUCUAGGGCUUGAUUAUAUGCAUAGAUGUUGUGGGAUUAUUCAUACAGAUAUCAAACCAGAAAAUAUUUUGAUGGAAAUUGGUAAUGUUGAAAAGACAAUUCAAAUUAUAGACUCAAUGAAUAAUAAAAAAAGAAAGAACUCGGUUGAUUCACAAAUGAAAGAACUAAUAGUAGGGGCAACUUGCAAUGAUGUUAUUCAAUCAGAACAUUCGGUUUCUACUUCAAUUCAUAAGAGAUCCAAAAGUCAUACAUUAAUAACUAAAUCACAGCCAUUACCUUCUCCUUCCGUAAUUUCAGAGUUAGAAGAGUCUUUAAUUACCGGUAAUGAUAAUUCAGCUAGUCCUAAAUUACACAAUAAUGCUUCUGUUAACCAACAGAUUACUGUUAAAAUUGCCGAUCUUGGAAAUGCUUGUUGGUACGACAAGCAUUAUACCAACUCCAUACAGACUAGAGAAUAUAGAAGUCCUGAAGUCCUUUUGAAUGCUUCUUGGGGCUGCAGCGCAGAUAUAUGGUCCUCAGCGUGUUUUAUAUUUGAGCUUUUAACUGGCGAUUUCUUGUUUGAACCCAAUGAAGGACAUUCAUUCUCAAAAGAUGAUGAUCAUUUAGCUCAAAUGAUUGAGUUGCUAGGUGCAUUCCCUGACUAUCUUCUCGAGAAUGGUAAAAACAAAAAGAAAUUUUUCACAUCUAAAGGUCAAUUAAGAAAUAUAUCUAAACUGAAGUACUGGCCACUACAAGAUGUAUUAAAAGAAAAGUAUAAAUACACUGCAAAAGAUGCUAAUGAAAUAGCAGACUUUUUACUACCAAUGUUAAGGUUAGAUCCAAGAAAGAGAUCAGAUGCUGGAAGUUUGAUUAAUCAUCCUUGGCUAAAAGAUACCAUAGGAAUGGAACAUAUUACUAUUUCAGAUAGGAAACUAUACAGUGUUGGUGAUGACAUUCCUGGAUGGUCUCAUGAAUUCACAAAUGGCUAA